AUGGCCCCCAAGGCGGAGAAGAAGCCGGCCGAGAAGAAGCCGUCGACGGCGGCGGAAAAGAAGACCUCGAAGGACGGCGCCGGCGACGGGAAGCGGAAGAAGAAGGUUCACCCAGACAUCGGGAUCUCGAGCAAGGCCAUGGGGAUAAUGAACAGCUUCAUCAACGACAUCUUCGAGAAGCUCGUCGUGGAGUCGUCGCGGCUGGCGCGUUACAACAAAAAGCCGACCAUCACGUCGCGCGAGAUCCAGACCGCCGUCAGGCUCGUCCUCCCCGGCGAGCUCGCCAAGCACGCCGUCUCAGAGAGCACCAAGGCAGUUACCAAAUUCACGAGUUCUUAG